AUGGCGUCCAGCUUUGCCGCGCCCGGGCAGCACCGCUAUCUGCGCGCCUGCAUGGUGUGUGCCAUCGUCAUGACGUACACCCGGUUUCGUGACGAAGGAUGUCCAAAUUGCGAAGAAUUUCUGCACCUCGCCGGCUCGCAGGACCAGAUCGAAAGCUGCACGUCCCAGGUCUUCGAAGGCCUCAUCACGCUCGCAAACCCGGCCAAGUCAUGGGUCGCCAAGUGGCAGCGGCUGGAUGGCUACAUCGGUGGCGUAUACGCCAUCAAAGUUUCGGGGCAACUCCCCGAUGAGAUCCGAUCGAUGCUCGAGGACGAAUACAGAAUACAGUAUAUACCGAGAGACGGCACCGAAACAGAGGCGGAUGCGUAG